GUACAUGAGUACAUUUUGCAUUAUUGCAUAUUUAUUUUUGUUAUUUAUUUGUUGAAACUUUUUCGUUACUCAAUAUUAAAAUAUAUAACUUUAUGCUUUUGUUUUAACUUUUACUUGCUGAGUUGAAUGUAUUAAAAUAAAUAAAAAAUCUUGGUACUAAAAUGCCGUGUGAAAUGAUAACGGUCCAAUUGGGCCAAUGUGGAAAUCAAAUUGGAUUCGAAUUUUGGAAAAAACUAUGUGCCGAACACGGUAUCAAUCCAGAAGGAGUCCUGGAGCCUUUUGCUACAGAAGGUGUUGGUGAUCGAAAAGAUGUUUUUUUUUAUCAAGCCGAUGACAACCACUAUGUUCCGAGAGCAGUUUUGCUGGAUUUGGAGCCACGUGUCAUACACUCAAUCAUGUCUUCCAACUACUCAAAACUUUACAACCCUGAAAAUGUCUAUUUAUCUAAACAUGGUGGUGGUGCCGGAAACAAUUGGGCAUCAGGUUUUAGUCAGGGUGAAAGAUUACAGGAAGAAGUGUUUGACAUAUUAGAUCGCGAAGCAGAAGGCGGUGAUAGCCUUCAAGGAUUUGUGUUGUGCCAUUCAAUUGCUGGAGGAACAGGUUCGGGAAUGGGUUCAUUUAUACUUGAACAUUUAACUGAUCGAUAUCCAAAAAAAAUUAUCGAAACAUAUAGUGUAUUUCCAAAUCAAGAUGAAAUUAGUGAUGUAGUUGUACAACCUUACAAUUCGUUAUUGACUUUAAAACGACUUGCACAAAGUGCAGAUUGCGUCGUAGUCUUAGAUAAUACUGCAUUAAAUCGGAUUGCUACUGAUCGUUUACACAUAGAAAAUCCUUCAUUUGCUCAAAUAAAUUCAUUAGUAUCUACAAUUAUGUCUGUUUCAACAGCUACUUUAAGAUACCCAUCAUACAUGAACAACGAUUUAGUUGGUCUCAUUGGACCUUUGAUACCAUCACCACGUUUACACUUCCUUAUGACAGGUUAUACACCAUUAACUACUGAUCAUGAGGAUGCUAGUAUUCGUAAAACAACAGUAUUUGACGUAAUGAGACGGUUGUUACAGCCUAAAAAUAUGAUGGUGUCCACAGCUCAGGAAAGAUCUACUAUACCACAUUGUUACUUAUCUAUAUUAAAUAUAAUCCAAGGUGAUGUCGAUCCUACUCAAGUAUACAAAUCACUCCAAAGAAUUAGAGAAAGAAAAACUGUAAAUUUCAUUAAUUGGGGUCCAUCCAGUAUUCAAGUUGCUCUUUCAAAGAAGUCACCUUAUGUUCCAACUGCGCAUCGUGUAUCUGGUCUUAUGUUAGCCAAUCACACAAGCAUAUCUCAACUUUUCCAAAGAGUCCUGGAUCAGUAUGACAAACUACGACACAGAGAAGCGUUUUUAGAUCAAUUUCGUAAACAAAACAUGUUCAAAGAUGACCUAUGUGAAAUGGAUGAUUCUAGGGCUGUAGUACAAAAUCUUGUAGACGAGUAUUUGGAAGCCACAAAGGACACAUAUCUUCAAUGGCAACCUAAAAAUGUUGUCAAGAAUUAGGAGAAUCAAAAAGUUCAUUAAUUUACCAUUUUUCAACUUACUACUAACAUUCAUCACAAUUUUUUGAGUUAUAUAAUUUAUUAUAAUUAUAUCUAUUUAACUUUUUUUACACUUUGUUGAAAACUUAUUGUUUAUAUUUACUAACGCAUAACAUAGUGAUCUGAGUUCCCUGUUUAUUGUAUUUUUUUUUUAGUGUUACUAAUUAAUAAUUAUAAUGGUUCAGUAAAUAUUGAAUUAUUAUAGGAAAAAUUUGCUUCUACAAAAAUAAUUUAUGUUUGAAUUUUAUGUGGUUAUUAUUACUACAUGCAUAUUUAACAAUUAUAUUGAAAAUAAAUGAUGCUCAAUAUAAAAAGAACAGAUUUUAGUCAGAGAAAUUCUCAAUGUUAAAAUUAAAUAUAAUGUUUUAAAUUUUCAUUGUUGGUAUUUUUUUCAAAACUUCUUCGAUGUUAUAUAUUAAAAUGCAUUUGAGUCUCAUGAUAUGUACAAAAAAUUAUUUAGGGAAUUAGGAUACGAGAAAAUUAAAAAUAAGAGUUAGAAACAAAUUCUUUUAUAGUGUCAUUUUAUGUACAAUAUUGACUGAUUGUUUUUAAUUUUUUGUACUUGUGUCUUGUGAACAAAUUAUUUAAUAGAGA